GAGAAGAAACAGUGGGUGCAGCAACAAAAAUAUGUGGCUACCACUCUCUCAUCUUCCACAAAGCGGAAGAGCUAUCUUUGCUGUUGGAUUUUAAUGGUGCCAAACUAACAGCCAUAUGAUUCUGGCUGCUCGCUCAAGAACCAAUGGCUUCCCUCUGCCUCAACCUCAAUUCCUUUUAUUCAUCAUCACCCUCACAACCUCGCCGCCUGAUCCAAUCCUUCUUCGCCUCCUCUUCUUCUCUGAAUCGCAACGAUUUCAUUAAGGUUCACACCUUAAAACCUAUCGUCGUCAGUGGAAAUCCCCCAACCUUCGUCUCUGCUCCAGGACGCCGAAUCGUUGCUGUUGGAGAUUUGCAUGGAGACCUUAAGCAAACUAGAUUGGCGCUUGAGAUGGCUGGUGUAUUGGACUCCGACAGUCGGGACUUGUGGACUGGUGGAGAAACGGUGUUGGUUCAGCUUGGAGAUAUACUGGACAGAGGAGAAGAUGAAAUAGCUAUAUUGUCCUUAUUGAGAUCAUUAGAUGCCCAAGCAAGAGCACAAGGUGGCGCAGUCUUUCAGGUGAACGGGAAUCACGAGACAAUGAAUGUGGAAGGGGAUUUCAGAUAUGUUGAUUCUGGGGCUUUUAAUGAGUGUCUGGACUUCAUGGAAUACUUGGAAGACUAUAGAGAUCAUUUUGAAGAAGCCUUUCUUAAUUGGAUCCAAGUCUCAGAGAGGUGGAAAGAUCAGAGGAAAUCACAAAAUUUUUGGGGUCCUAUGAAUUUGGUGAAGAAGCAAAAAGGGGUGGUAGCGAGAUCAAUCCUCUUCAGACCUGGUGGUCGUUUGGCAUGUGAGUUGGCACAACACGCAGUUGUUCUUAAGGUUAAUGACUGGGUCUUCUGUCAUGGUGGUCUUCUUCCUCACCAUGUUGCAUAUGGCGUAGAAAGGAUGAACCGGGAAGUAUCCCAGUGGAUGAAAGGCCUUGGUGAAAGUGGCAAUACUCCCUUUCCUAUCAUCGCAACAAAGGGAUAUGAUAGUGUUGUAUGGAAUCGAUUAUACUCGAGAGAUUUUGCAGAUUUGGGAAACUUUGAGAUUAAACAGAUAAAUUCAAUUCUCGAAGACACACUAGAAGCAGUUGGCGCCAAGGCAAUGGUGGUAGGCCACACUCCUCAAAUGGCUGGAGUAAAUUGCAAAUACAAUUGUAGCAUUUGGCGAGUUGAUGUUGGGAUGUCAAGUGGAGUUCUUAACUCGAGACCUGAGGUACUAGAAAUCAGAGGCGACAAAGCUAGAGUUAUCAAAAGCAAGAGGGAUAGGUUUAGUGAACUUCAAGUUGUUAACUAUAUAUAGCAAGAUGAAUAAUGUGCAUCAUGUUUACUUUAUCUGCUUGGUUUAGAUACAACUCAGAUCAUCUGUUCAUAGCUUGGAUUCUGCUUUUUCCAAGAACUAUUUGCUCCAUAAUCAGCUUUUUCAUGGAGACAUAAUCAGCUCCUCCAUUUAUGACGUCGAGAAGAGCACGGGAAGCCACAGCGGUUACACCUUCGAAUGACUUGGUAAGAAAUCGACUUCAAUGCCAUCCCUCACUUCAGAGUUCAGUGAAAAUCUGAUUUUGUAAAAAACUGGCGUUUAUACAUUGAAACCCACUUCUAGGGGAGUUGUUCUUGUUCAAUUCCAUUGACAUGUACAGUACAUAUUUGUGAAAUAUCAUCAGUUGUUCAAAGAAUUCAUUGA